AUGCCGUACUCAGAGACGACCCCUCUGCUAGAGGUCCAUGUCGCUCCUCAGCGGCAUCGAUACCCACAUCAUGCCCUCCGUCGAGCUUGUACUAUCUCCCUUGCAGCUUUGCUUGUUUUGGCAGGAACUCUGUUCCUGAUUCCCAUCGCCAUUCUGCCUCGAGAGCAUGGCUCAAUUUGGUCAUACCUCCCGUGGUCUCACCCAAUCCCUCACGAUGCAUGGCCAGAAAGCUAUGGCCUUCCCUACGAUCAGCUCCAGCAGAUCCUCCUCAAUGUUCCAUCUGCAGCCAAGGCUCGUGAGUGGAGCAACUACUAUACUGCGGGACCACACUUGGCGGGUAAGAACCUGUCCCAAGCUCUUUGGACUAUGGAGAAGUGGAAAGAGUUUGGUGUCGAGGAUACCAGCCUCGCCGCAUAUGACAUUUACAUCAAUUACCCGGUUGAUCACCGUCUGGCUCUACUGAACCAGUCUGAUGGGAAGACCGAGGUUACCUUCGAGGCUACAUUGGAGGAAGAUGUCUUGGAAGAGGAUCCCACCUCCGGUCUGCCUGACCGUGUCCCGGUCUUCCAUGGCUAUUCUGCUACCGGCAAUGUGACCGCCCAGUAUGUGUAUGUCAACUUCGGCACAUACGCGGACUUCGAGGACCUCGUCAAUUCCAACAUCACCUUAGAGGGCAAGAUUGCUAUUGCCAAGUAUGGCCGCAACUUCCGUGGCUUGAAGGUGAAGCGUGCUCAGGAACUCGGAAUGGUUGGUAUUGUCAUCUACUCUGAUCCUCAAGAAGACGGAGAGAUCACCGAAGAAAAUGGCUACGAGGCUUAUCCCAAUGGACCGGCCCGAAACCCAAGUGCUAUCCAGAGAGGUAGCACUCAAUUCUUGAGUAUCCUUCCUGGUGACCCCACAACCCCGGGCUACCCAUCGAAGCCUGGAUGUGAACGGCAGGAUCCGUAUAACUCCAUUCCUUCAAUCCCAUCUCUGCCCAUCUCUUACAAGGAGGCGUUGCCUUUCUUGAAGGCCCUCAACGGGCACGGUCCCAAGGCGUCCGACUACAAUGAGUGGUGGCAGGGCGGUGGUCUUGGCUACAAGGGCGUCGAAUACAACAUUGGACCCUCACCCGAAAAUGUAGUCAUCAACCUCCACAACCACCAGGAUUAUGUGACCACCCCAUUGUGGAACGUCAUUGGCGUAAUCAAGGGUCACAUCCCAGACGAGGUCGUAAUCCUGGGUAACCACCGUGACGCAUGGGUAGCCGGUGGUGCUGGUGAUCCAAACAGUGGAUCUGCUGCCCUCAAUGAAGUUGUUCGCAGCUUUGGUGAGGCUCUCAAGGCCGGAUGGAAGCCAUUGCGCACUAUUGUCUUUGCAAGCUGGGAUGGCGAGGAAUAUGGCUUGCUAGGCUCCACCGAAUGGGUUGAGGAAUAUCUCCCCUGGCUCUCCGAAGCUAACAUUGCGUACUUGAACGUCGAUGUGGCUGCCGCUGGCACUAUCUUCGAGCCCCGAGCCAGUCCCCUCCUGAACAAGGUCAUCAAUGAUGUCACCGGCCUGGUACAGUCCCCCAACCAGACCGUUCGAGGCCAGACAGUCCGCGAUGUGUGGAGCGGCAAGAUUGCAACAAUGGGCAGCGGCAGUGAUUUCACUGCCUUCCAGGAUUUCGCCGGUGUUGCCAGUCUUGACUUCGGCUUUGGUCGUGGGAAGAACGACCCGGUAUACCACUACCAUUCGAACUACGACAGCUUCGCGUGGAUGGACAAGUAUGGUGACCGAGGCUUCCUGUACCAUCAAGCCUGCACACAGCUCUGGGCUCUGGCCGCCGCGCAGUUGGUGGAAUCCCCUCUGCUUGCGCUGAACGCCACCGACUAUGCUUCUGGAUUGGGGUCCUACCUGAACCACAUUAAGCCCUCGGCGGACAACCUCCCUGGGAACACAGGAUUCCACUUCGCGCCUCUGGAUAGAGCCAUUCUGGAGUUCCAGGAAGCCGCAAAGGCUUUCGACGCGUAUUCCGCUGACUUGUCAUCCCAGCUUAGUGAAGAUGUGCCAUGGUAUCACUGGUGGAAGAAGGUGAGACUGUGGUUCCAGAUUCGGGCUACCAACAAGAAAUACAAGAGCAUUGAACAAGCCUUCUUGUACCAGCCCGGUCUGGAUGGCCGUGAGUGGUUCAAGCACGUUGUGUUUGCCCCUGGUAUCUGGACUGGUUAUGCUGGAGCUACUUACCCUGGCUUGGUGGAGAGUCUUGAAGCCGGAGAUGUGGAGAACGCCAAGAAAUGGGGCUCUAUCAUUCUGGGACGGAUCGAGGCGGCGACUAAGUUGUUGCAGUAG